GUUUGAUGACGCGCAGGAAUGCGCCGGUAUAACGUGACGUCAUUAUUCUGUGCGGUGGAGGAAAGUUUACACGUGUGUAGAAGGAAGACUUCAGAAUGUCUGAGUUAGAUCGUGUAGUAAAACCGAAAAACAGGAGAUCAAAGAGAUUCCUUCAGCACAGGGAGUCUAAGCUUACCGAGAACGACAAAUAUGCCAUGCUUAUUAAAGGGGGCAAUGCCAACCUGAUUGUCACCCAAGCUCUCAAAGAUCUGCGUUCAUUGAAAAAGCCAUACUGUGUGAUUUAUAAAAGGAAAAACAUGACAAGACCUUUUGACGAUCCUACAUCCCUGGAAUUUUUUUCUAAGAAAUCUGACUGCUCAUUAUUUGUGUUUGGGUCUCAUAAUAAGAAACGGCCAAACAACUUGAUCUUUGGCCGGAUGUUUGAUUUUCAUGUCCUGGAUAUGAUUGAGCUAGGCAUGGAGAAGUUUGUGGCUUUACAAGAUGUUAAGUCCGCCAAGUGUCCAGAAGGAACAAAGCCUCUACUGAUAUUUGCUGGUGACGCAUUUGAAAUAAAUGAAGACUACAGACGACUGAAAAGCCUGCUGAUAGAUUUCUUUAGAGGACCAGCAGUGCCUGCCAUCCGACUUGCAGGACUUGAGCAUGUCUUGCAUUUUACAGCAGUGGAUGGGAAAAUUUUUAUGCGUAGCUACAAGGUACUGUUGAAGAAGUCUGGGUGCAGAACACCCAGAAUAGAGCUAGAAGAAAUGGGACCUUCUUUUGAUUUUGUGAUGAGGAGGACACAUCUGGCUUCUGAUGACCUCUACAAACUGGCUCUGAAACGUCCUAAAGCCCUUCAGGCAAAGAAGAAGAAGAACAUAUCUCAUAACACAUUUGGUACACAGUUUGGCAGAAUCCAUAUGCAGAAACAGGAUCUGAGUAAGUUGCAAACUCGUAAAGUCAAGGCACUAAAGAAAAGACCAGCAAAGAAAAUGUCUGCAGCAAAUGAAGACAACAGCCCAAAGAAAAGCAAGACUGAGUGACACCGUAAACAGAAAUCAUAAAGCAUUUCACCAUGUAUCAGGACUCUAACUGAAGCACAAGCUUCAGUGCAGCUUAAACUAUCAAGGUUGUUUAGGCUGAUUAUAGGACUCUGGUCCCCUUUGCAGGAUUUCAGUAAACAACUGGAGUAGUUUAUUUCAUGUUUUAUAUAUUCCUUUUCUUUUCCCAUUGGAACACUUUAUAUACACAUAACAUUUGUCUCUAUGCCUAAUAUAUGUAUGAGAAGUUGUGCUGCUUUGUACAAAAUGUUCCGUUAUGCAUUGUGCAAAUAAAUCUGCCUGAAAUCU